AUGACAACCGACGACCCAACCGUUUUCAAUUCCAUCCCCUGGGUCUCAGCCCUCCUACACGACAAAUCCUUCGUGACAUACACCAUUCCCUCUCGAACCGUCAAACCCUCCACAGAGGAUAACCUCUUCUCCAAGACCCUCAACACAUCAACCACCUUUUCCGCAUGUCUCAGCCAGUAUCGGCGGCCCUCUGGCCUUGGAACCGAACCCUCCACGACUGACUUCGAACCUAACACCGAUACCCAUCCAUCGUCAUCGCCAUCAUCACCCAUCACAGAACUCCGUAUGUUCUUCAUGCUUGGCUCCGAUCUCAACGGGUACCCGGGCAUUCUCCACGGCGGCAUCGCCGCCACCCUGCUGGAUGAAUGUACCGGAUUGUUACUGGCGCUGAACGGACAGGUCGGGGAUGCGGUGACGCGGCAGGAGCCCGGGUCGAGACCGGGUCCUGUGACGGCGUACUUGAAUACGAGGUUUCUGCGUCCGGUGCCGACGCCCGGUGUGGUCAUGGUGCAGGCGAGGAUGGUGGAGGGGGAGGGGGAUCGGAAGUGGAGGAUCGAGGGGCGUCUUGUGGAUGGGGAAGGGUUGGCUUUGGUGGAGGCCGAGGCGUUGUAUGUGAGGCCGAGGUCGAGGAUUUGA